AUGAGUAGUGAACUUAUAUCUAAUCCAUAUGCUCCAUUCUAUUCUCCAUUCUUUGGAUUUGCCGGUUGUGCAGCUGCUAUGAUCUUAUCAUGUGUAGGAGCUGCCAUCGGUACUGCCAAAUCUGGUAUUGGUAUUUCAGGUAUUGGUACUUUUAAACCUGAAUUAAUUAUGAAAUCAUUGAUUCCUGUUGUUAUGAGUGGUAUUCUUGCCAUUUAUGGUUUAGUAGUAGCUGUAUUAAUUGCAGGUAAUAUUUCACCAACUGAAGAAUAUACUUUAUUUAAUGGAUUUAUGCAUUUAAGUUGUGGUUUAUCUGUUGGAUUUGCUUGUUUAUCAAGUGGUUACGCCAUUGGUAUAGUCGGUGAUGUUGGUGUUAGAAAAUUUAUGCAUCAACCAAGAUUAUUUGUUGGUAUCGUUUUAAUUCUUAUCUUUUCAGAAGUUUUAGGGUUAUACGGUAUGAUUAUUGCAUUGAUUUUGAACACUAGAGGUUCAGAAUAA